UGAUUCAUAUUUGGAUUACAGUGAAGAAAGCGUAUUUGAGUUUCCCUGCUUUUACUGUGUGUGUUCAAUUGUGUGCAACUAAGCAGAAGAGGGGGGAUUAGAUUUUGCGUUUGAGGAUGAACAGAACAAACGUGCAUGAAUGGUGAGAUCAGAAUGCAGAGAGUGAUGCUGAAAUCUCGUCAAAGAGAGACAAAAAAUUAAGAUAGAAACUAUAAAUGAAACGAGAGAGAGGAGAAAGAUGAAUUGAUGAUGAGAGUGUUGUAGCCUUUGAACACGCAGGGUGGGGACUGAAUCAAAUCCUAGAUACCCGAAAAGGAUCACGAAAUAUCUGUGACACGAUUCUCUCUCACUCUCUCUCUCUGGGUUUUCUAAAAUUCUUCGCCCACCAACCACCUUCGAAUUCAUGUCCAUUUACUCUCUCUGUCUUCUCUGCACCAUAUAUAUCUAUAUGUAUAUCUAUAUGUAUAUACACUCACACACCAUAUCCUUACCUUCAUACAACUCUUGUGACUUUCGACUUAUGUUUCUCUACUUUUCUCUCUUCAUUUAUACACGUCUUGUCACCCAACCCUUUUGUUUUUCCCUUCGUCCUCUUCUUCUAUACAAUUAAUACCUUUAUUAAUUGCUUCCAACUCUGUUCAUUAGUUUACCUUUCUGCAUCUCUCUAUCUUCUUACUAUUACUGUAAUACUAAUCCCUUCUUCCACAUUACUACCAUUUACUACUCACAACAGAGACCAAAACCAGGACACAGUACCAUUUAUUCCUCUGCUUAUUUAUUAUAAGUAUCACCAACAACACCAACGCAUGGCUGCACCUUCUUCUUCAAAUUGGGUCAUGGAAACCGCUCAUGAUGUUCCUCAUGUUCUGGCCGUCGACGACAACCUCAUUGAUCGAAAACUCGUUGAGAAACUCCUCAGGAAUUCUUCUUGCAAAGUUACAACUGCAGAAAAUGGACCAAGGGCAUUGGAGUUAUUGGGCUUGACAAGUGGUGGACAGAACAGCAUGAACGGUAGAUCCAAAGUAAAUUUGGUAAUCACAGACUAUUGCAUGCCAGGAAUGACAGGCUAUGAGCUACUCAAGAAAAUUAAGGAAUCAUCUGUAAUGAAGGAAGUCCCUGUAGUGAUAAUGUCUUCUGAGAACAUACCCACACGGAUUAACAAGUGUCUGGAAGAAGGAGCUCAGAUGUUCAUCUUAAAGCCCCUCAAACAAUCUGAUGUAAAGAAACUGACAUGUCAGUUAAUGAAUUGAGAAAGUGAAAUUUGACUUUAAGAAAGUCUAUGCAAGAACACAACUCUGAGAUCUGUGGUCUGGUUGUGGGCAGAAGAACUACAGAACCCAGAAUUUAUCAUUGCCGUCUACUGCGGAAAUAUAUAGGCCUUAACCAGAAUGUUACCCUCUAAUUGUGGUAGUAGUUUAGGUGUAGGAACGCAUUUCAUUGUUUUGAACAUGCUUUACUUUCUCCACUCUUUCUUGUAUUGACCUACACAUUCCAUUCCAAUUUAUUAAAUUUCCUAGAAUAUA